AUGGCCUCCUCAAAAUCCACCUACAAAUAUUUCCUAGUCACAUACCCAGCGCCAUUUGUUGCACAUGUUCAAAUUAACCGUCCCGAGAAACUAAACGCGUUUUUUGAAGCCAUGUGGCUCGAAUUCCGCACCAUCUUCGAUACCCUCUCCUAUUCCCCCGACGUCCGCUCUAUCAUAUUAUCCGGUGCUGGCGAUCGUGCCUUCUCAGCGGGUUUAGAUGUUGAAGCUGCUGCACAAGAUGGGGUCUUAGCGGAGAAGGACGGGAGGUCAAUAGAUGUAGCGCGAAAAGCGCAAAUCUUUAGACGCCAUGUCGAUGAAUUUCAGGAGUGUAUAAGCAGUGCAGAGAAAUGCGAGAAACCUGUGAUAUGCGUUCUCCACGGCUACUCCUUCGGUCUCUCCAUCGACAUAUCCACGUGCGCCGAUAUCCGCAUUUGUACAUCAGACGUCAAGCUGGCAGUAAAAGAAGUAGACAUCGGACUCGCAGCUGAUAUAGGCACACUUUCGCGACUCCCCAAAAUCGUCGGCUCUUUCAGCUGGGUCAAAGACGUCUGUUUAUCCGCACGAAUAUUCGGAGCCGAGGAAGCGCUUAAAGUAGGUUUCGUAAGUCAUGUUGAGCCUACCAAAGAAAAGGCUAUGGAAAAAGCACUCAGCAUUGCGAAAUUGUUGGCGGAGAAGAGCCCUGUGGCGGUGCAGGGUACGAAGGAAUUGUUGAAUCAUGCGAGGGAUAAUAGGUUGGCGGAUAGUUUGAGGUAUACGGGGGUGUGGAAUAGUGCGUCGAUUCAGACAGAUGAUGUUAAGUCGGCGAUGUUGAGUGGGUUGCAGAAGAGAAAGCCUACUUUUGAGAAACUUUGA